AUGCUCUGCUCGGCCUCGCCGCUGCCGUCUCCUCCCGCCGGCGGGACGGCCGCCUCCGACCACCACGCGCGUCUGAGGGCCGCGGCUGCGCGCUCCGACCUUCCGGGCGCGCUCGCCGCGUUCGUCGCCAUGUCCUCCUCCGCACCCGCGUCCGCGGCCGGCCCAGUCCUCCGCACGUUCACCUCCCUCCUCAAGCUCUGCGCGGCGCGCUCUGACCUCGCCACGGGCCGCACCGUGCACGCCCAGCUCGCCACGCGCGGGCUCGUGGCGGAGGCCCUCGCGGCGACGGCGCUCGCCAACAUGUACGCCAAGUGCCGCCGCCCCGGGGACGCGCGCAGGGUGUUCGACCGGAUGCCCGUGCGGGACCGCGUCGCCUGGAACGCGCUCGUCGCGGGGUACGCGCGGAACGGGCUCGCCGGGGCUGCCAUGGAGAUGGUCGUCAGGAUGCAGGAGGAGGACGGGGAGCGGCCUGACUCCGUCACGCUCGUGUCCGUGCUGCCUGCCUGCGCCGACGCCCAGGCACUCGGGGCCUGCCGCGAGGUGCACGCGUUUGCGGUCCGCGGUGGAUUCGAUGAGUUCGUCAAUGUCUCCACUGCGAUCCUUGACGUGUACUGCAAGUGCGGGGCGGUUGAGGUGGCGCGGGCGGUCUUCAAUCAGAUGCCAGUCAAAAACUCCGUGUCCUGGAAUGCCAUGAUUAAGGGGUAUGCUGAAAAUGGGAAUUCCACAGAGGCUCUGGCUCUGUUCAAAAGGAUGGUGGGAGAGGGCGUAGAAGUGACUGAUGUGUCUAUAUUGGCAGCAUUGCAUGCUUGUGGCGAGCUAGGGUUUCUCGAUGAGGGGAGGCGCGUCCAUGAGCUACUUGUGAGGAUUGGGCUUGACUCCAAUGUGUCGGUGAUGAAUGCGCUGAUCACCAUGUACUGCAAAUGCAAGAGGACCGACCUUGCUGCCCAGGUGUUCGAUGAGUUGCGCUACAAGACACGCAUCUCAUGGAAUUCCAUGAUACUCGGGUGCACGCAGAACGGAAGGUCAGAUGAUGCGGUGAGGCUCUUCUCUAGGAUGCAGCUGGAAAAUGUGAAACCUGAUUCGUUCACUCUUGUCAGUGUCAUUCCUGCUCUUGCAGACAUUUCAGAUCCACUGCAGGCAAGAUGGAUCCAUGGAUACUCUAUCAGGCUGCACCUGGAUCAGGAUGUGUAUGUUCUCACAGCACUUAUUGACAUGUACGCAAAAUGUGGCCGUGUUGGUAUUGCUAGAAAUCUCUUCAAUUCAGCAAGGGAGAGGCAUGUUAUCACAUGGAAUGCAAUGAUCCAUGGGUAUGGCUCACAUGGUUUUGGCAAGGUCGCAGUUGAGCUGUUUGAAGAGAUGAAAAGCACUGGCAGAGUACCCAACGAGACAACCUUCCUGUCGGUCCUCUCAGCGUGCAGCCAUGCUGGUUUGGUUGAUGAAGGACGGAAAUAUUUUUCGAGCAUGAAGGAGGACUAUGGGCUGGAGCCUGGGAUGGAGCACUAUGGUACCAUUGUGGAUCUGCUUGGCAGAGCUGGGAAGCUAGAUGAAGCAUGGUCUUUCAUCCAAAAGAUGCCUAUUGAUCCUGGCAUUAGUGUUUAUGGUGCAAUGUUAGGUGCUUGCAAGUUACACAAGAACGUGGAGUUAGCAGAAGAAUCAGCCAACAGGAUCUUUGAGCUAGGGCCAGAAGAGGGGGUCUACCAUGUCCUCCUAGCGAAUAUUUAUGCAAAUGCUUCAAUGUGGAAGGAUGUUGCAAGGGUUAGAACUGCUAUGGAGAAGAAAGGCCUCCAAAAGAGUCCCGGAUGGAGUAUUGUUCAGCUCAAAAAUGAGAUUCAUACGUUCUAUUCCGGAAGCACAAAUCACCAGCAGGCAAAGGAUAUAUAUGCAAGGUUGGCUAAGCUAAUAGAUGAGAUAAAAGCUGUGGGUUAUGUGCCAGACACUGAUUCUAUACAUGAUGUAGAAGAUGAUGUCAAGGCACAGUUGCUCAACACCCAUAGUGAGAAGCUCGCAAUUGCAUAUGGGCUCAUUCGCACAGCCCCUGGUACAACAAUUCAGAUAAAGAAGAACCUGCGAGUCUGUAAUGACUGUCACAAUGCAACCAAGUUAAUAUCUCUAGUGACAGGACGGGAAAUUAUCAUGAGAGAUAUUCAACGAUUUCACCAUUUUAAGGACGGUAAAUGUUCCUGUGGAGACUACUGGUAGUGAAUGUUUGAAGGAAGGCCAAAUACGUAUUUUGAGAUGAUAGAACUUCAUGCAGCUAAUGCAAGUAGGACUGUUAGAUCACAGUAUCAGAAUAUCAGGUGAACAUAACUAAUUGGCACGUAUAUUAAGCGAUGAACUCGAUUGCCAUUUUAAGUGCAUUAAUAGAUGCGAGGUUCAUCAGGCUUGUUGAUGACCACGUUGGUUCCCCUCCAGCCAGAUCAGACACUCCCCGGAAAACAAUCACAGGUACGCCAGGAGAUGUUGCUGUCUGUUGAAAUAGUGAGUAGGUUCUCUUAGUGAUAUUUUAAAAAAUUUGAUUGAACUGAAAUGUUGGCAGAUAUUUGAGUUAAAACUACUAGAGAAAAAAUAUAGAACUUCACCAUCACAACAGAUGCGCUCUCCUCAUCUAUUGUUGAUACCCCAAAUUCUCUGAAAAGAAAAUUCCGAUAUUCUGCAUUAUCAAGAAACAUGUCGGCUGAUGCUCCUUUUAGCCCAUGAACCACUUGUGGGGUUUUUGGUAAGCAGAAAGUGUCAUUGCAUCUUUCAAGGUUGACCUAGAGAAAUUCACAAGUAGUACAAGUUUUAGGCUGUACUUCGCUAUGCAUAAGCCUGUAUUUUGCUAUACUGCUGAAAUAUAGUGUAAUCUCUUACCUUGAGUCCUUCUGCUAUUUUGAACCAUGCUGAAUCUACAGGUAACCAAAAAACUUCUUCCAUGGGCUUACCAACAGAGUAUAGCUCUUCAUUUCUGUAUUUCAGAGACCCUAGUAGGUUAUCUCCUCCAUUCGGGACGUUAAAUUGUGCAAAGCUUAGUUCUGUUGAUGAUUCUUUUAAUGAUUUGAACCUCUGAAAAAUCAAAAUCAGAAUACCAUUGGUCUUGUUAAGUAGUGACUUCAGAGUGUCAGAUGGUGAAAAAUGAACAGAUUGCAGUUGCUUUGAUCUGUAUCUGCACUCACCAGCAUUACAUCUGAAAUUAGGAGUAGAAGCUAUAUACAGUAGGAGAUUACCUUCCAUGUCCAAGCGCCCGUAUAAGCAACUAACUUGGGCACACUGACAUCGCCAAAUGACAUUGAAUCAUUAGAGCUUCCUGCUGUUCCAUAAUGGACAAUACCAGACACACUAAAGAUAUCGAGGAGAGUUUGUACGGUGACAGCUGCAUUCAACUGGAAGAACAUUAAUUUAGUGCCUAGAAGUAAUGUAUUGAUUACUUAUGAUAAAUCUAAAGGAGCUCCUCCAUAUGGUAGAAGUAAUGAUAAUACAUAAUAGCAAUGCAGAAGUUAUGGUUUAGUACCCUGCGCUGUCCUGUCAGGGCAUAUACAACAUUCACACCUCGAAUACUGCCGAUGUGAAACCUUCGCCCUGAAAUACUAUGAGGUGAGACUGUAUUCUGACACCAUUAGAAGCUAAAUACAUCUACAAACUACAGACCUGUUCCGAACAUUAUGUCAUUAUGAAUGUGGAUGAGAGAUCAGCCUAGCAGCAGGAUAUCAAGAUCAAUAACAUGUCAUAAAAAAAUACUAUAGUACAGCAGGAUACUUGGUUUACAAUUUUAUCUUUCGUUCUGACCAUCUCUUUUUGACAUAUUUUCCUGUGGUUUGCUACAUUCUUUUGGUAUAUGACAUAUAAUUUAGCUUUCUGGAACUCUUUGUAAGAAUUUAUCCAGCAGCUAUUAGUUACUAUGUGGAAAAGCUAAUGUUGGAAGGGAGUUCACGUCUUAACUUUAGUGCAGAUCAUACAAAUCUCGAGAGAGUAAGUUUUCACAUAUAUACACAGCUUCAGUAUCUCUAAAAUUUGUAUUGUUCUACCCGCCAAUUUUUUUUUUUUUUUUUUUGUAUUGUUCUCCCUUCAGUGUUGAUAUACUUGGUACCCACCCAAGAAGACAUCACAUUCUUAGUUGUAUAUGAAGUUUUAUCUUCUCAUAAUGGCUUCUCUGCUGGAAUGCUGGGUUCAGUUAGCAGCAGUUUUGCACUCACUGCUAGUAGCUGUUUGGAAACGCAUAAGAAAGUCAACUAGGAACAAUCAAGCUCACCCAGUCUCCAUAUGCUAAAUCUACAGGUCAGCACUUCGGAUCAGAAACGGGAGGCUGAGACUCACCGUAGAGGUCAACGAAGGGCUGGACACUCCAAGGACUGAAGUAGCCAGAAGCCUGGAGCGCAGUAUCCUCGUCGAUGUAGGACAUGACGAGGCCGAUGGACGGGCCACGGCGGUUCGCCCUGUCGACCUGCCACCGCACCCGGUCCAUCCCUGGCAGUGCCGGCAGGGCCAUCGACGAUCCCGCCAGCUGCAAGAAGCAGAGCAGCAGGACCGGCGCCAUUUUCAGGCUGGGGAGCUCCAUGGCCAUUCCUGGAACGGACUGGGAGCGAGCAAGCACGCUUAAAUGUGCUCCGUUGGGACUAGUUGCUGAUCUGGUUGGUGGAAAGCGUGGUCAGCAUGCUCCAUUAUAAUACUCGGGUGAUUGGAGAAGAUGUCCCUCUCAAGUAUUCGGGUCGUUGACGAAAACCACGUUUUACAUGGUGCACUUGGAUUUGGAUGGAGUCUUUGUAGCAGAAUCAUGGCGAAACAAAGAACAAUUUCCUGUUCCAAAUAUUGGAAUGGCAACAUUUUCGAGUUGUUGAUUACAGAAAUUACUUAAUUUGAGUAUUUGCAUAACAUAGGUAGCGACGGUAGCGUAGAAAAGGUUCUGACAAAAUUUACAUGUGUUUACCAUCUUAAUUGGGGCUAACCUC